CCUGCAUCUACCAUAUUCCACGUUGUAGUAAAGUUGAAAACACAUCAUCAUGGUUCUUAAACAAAAUUGUAAAGUACUGUCCUUUUUAUUAAUAAUAUUAUUUUGUUGUGUUAGUUGUCAAAAAUAUGUAGUUGUAAACGAACCGGUCAAUUGGUUUCAAGCAUUAAUUAAUUGCAAAGGCGUAGGUCUGGAACUAGCUAGUGUAAAUUCUGAAGAAGAAACGAAAGCAUUGCAAAAAUUUCUGACAGAUAAUGGGUACAAAGAUGGAUAUUGGUUAGCAGGUACAAGAUUGGGAAACGGUGACUACUACUGGGCAACAACGGGAACGAAAAUUAUUUAUACAGAUUGGCUGCGCGGUCAACCUGAUAAUGCCAAAACCGAGUACAACAAGUACGAAGGCGAAUAUUGUAUUCAACUCGGUAUGCCAACGUAUAGUCCUGAACCAAAUGGAUGGAACGAUUUAGGGUGUAAUAAUCCGAUGCCAUAUAUUUGUCAGGCUGUUCAGAACUGUUACGGAUCUAACGAUGUUCUGUAAUUUAUGUACUAGAAAUGGGCGAAUCAAAUGAAAAGCCUUUGUUCCAAGAACCGAAUGUAUUAAGUCAAAUAAAAAGAUUAUGUUAAUUUUGA